CUUAUUGCAUGUGUCAAUAACAACAAAACAAAACACAUACGCCCUAUCCUUCAUUUCGGAUGUCUUCAACUCUUACUGCGUAUCACUUUUUUCUCCCCCUCCCCUCCCACACUUGAACACUCCACACGUUCCCGCCGUCGUCCGUACCAGUUUCUCCGUUCCCCUCGUCCCUUCUCCCUUCUUGCACAUUUUCUAUGGCAUUCCCUUCAUGACUUCUUUGAACCCUCCCACGCAUCACGUCGUUGACCUUGCCGUCGCUUCCAGCGAAACCCCUCAGCCUGCUCCGAACAACGACGUCGUCUCAGAGUCUGACACAGACUCGGAAACGCUAGCUACGGAACCCUCGGCGCGUCUAUCUACUCGCGUCAAAUUUGUUUUAUCUAUCCUAUUACUUCUCAUUUCUUUCGCCUGUAUUUCAUUCACCAUUGUCAACUGGAGCCGCUACGAGGCUCGGCGUCGAGAUUACGAAUGGAAUGAACAUACAUGCACCCGCCUUGCAAAGCGCGCUACCAAGGACCCGACUCGCAACGCACACCGCAUUGAAGUAACCGUGACAGGCCUCCCAUCCCGAGAAAGCAAAGAAGUAGUCGCGUUUGACGGACCCACCUCUGACUAUACACUAACAGGCUCACAGGCCGAAGAGAAACUCGGGCAUAUCAAGGAGGGCAGGGGGCCCUGUUGGGUGAAGCGCAGCGACGAAUCGCGUGUCUCCAUAAGCGAAGUCGACGACGACCCGGAGGCGGUGUCUAGAGGACGGAGGGCGCUCUACAUCGCAUGGACAACAACCUUUUUGGCGGCUGUGUUCGGCAUGAUGACGCUAAUUCUCGGAUCACAUUGGAUCGGGGAUUUAGGCCAUCAGGGAGACACACAAGAGGAGGAGGAGAAAGCAAAGGGUAUGCUGAAUCGCGAACAGGCUAAGUUUGUAUGCGAGAGGUUUUCGAGCGACUCAAAGGCCGAGGAAGGCGGUUGGACAUGCUCAGUUUGUCUGGAUGGGAGUGCGGAGGAGGGCAGAACGGCGUUAGUCAACCUUCCGUGCGAACACCGGUUUCAUAUGCAAUGUAUUAAGAAGUGGCUGCGGAGAGGUAAGAGCGCGUGUCCGCUCUGCAAGUGGGAUGCUCGAACGCUGUUUGACGUGGACGGGCAGCCGCAGGCAGAGGGAGUGGGGGCGGACACAGAACGGGAAACGGCGGUCGAUAUCGAAAGCGGGGAAACUUCGGCAGACGCCAGGUGAGGCCAAGGUGUUUCGACUUUGUCUGUUGGUGGCUGUUUGUUGGGGAAUAGUCGGCCCUAAGCGACAUGGUGUAAAAAAACAGUAGGGUUUGGGGGAGAUUGUGAGGUGAGUGGAAGGAGCGUUGAGAAGAUGCGUAAACCUGUACAUGUAUGGAAACAUGAGAUGUGUACAGUACGAUAUCUGCUCCAAAAUGGUGACAAGAAGACUAUUCUGGUGCCAGGGGCUGGUUUUGCCAGCGGCAGAUGCCUCCACCUGCCUCCAUCUGUCUCCAUCCUGCUGACGCGGUGUGACAGUGAGGCUGGGGAGGGUGCCUGGCCUGGCGGGGCGUCUUGCAGGGUGCGUUCUUGGUGGAUGCCCAUAGAUCUGACGAGUAAGCAGACGGUGCCACUUUUGCCAGAGAGGACUAAAAAUAAAACCAAUUUUUCGGAAA